ACUUGAUCUAUGUGUGCCUUGAUUCCAGUUAGUAAUUGUUUCCUGCACUCAUGACCAAUUCCUGUGCUCAGCAAUUCUAAUUAGAAUCAGUGCUUUCUCUGCUCUUUUAAAAUACUCUCUCUCGCUCUCCUGAAAACCGGUAUUUGCUGUAAACGCUAGAGCGCGCUCACUCACACACAUACACCUAUAGAGAUCGAAACCGAGCUCGCUUAGAAUGCUAAACAGGUUCAUAAGUUUAUCGCCUCUCAUUGGCAAAGGGAGCCGCGGCUUCCAGGGGCCUGCGCUGCUUUCCAAGAGGCAGUCGCUACUUAAGUCGGGAGCCAAGAACAAGACAAUGUCCGCGAAGCCAUUCAAAGUAUUGAUCACGCAUCCAGAGGUGCCCCAAUCGGGCAUUGACCUGCUCAAGGAAAACUGCGAACUGGUGCGUGUGGAGAGUGUGCCGACCAAUCGCGCCGAGCUGUUGCAGAAGAUCAGAGGAGUCGAUGGCAUCCUGUGGGGCGGACACGAAGCGCUCAAUGCCGAGGCCUUGGAUGCAGCUGGACCCCAGUUGAAGUCCAUUUCAACCAUGUCGGCUGGCAUUGACUACGUCGAUCUGGACGAGGUGAAGCGUCGCAAGAUCCCGCUGGGUCACACGCCCACCGUGCUGGACAACGCUGUGGCGGAUCUGGCGGUGGGCCUGCUCAUAGCAGCAGGUCGUCGCUUCCACGAGGGACGCAAGAAGAUCGAAACUGACAAGUGGGAGAACUAUCAUCUGAACUGGAUGCUGGGUCAGGAUGUGCGCGACUCAGUGGUUGGCUUCUACGGCUUCGGCGGCAUUGGCCAGGCCAUUGCCAAGCGUCUGUCCGGCUUUGACAUCGACCAGGUGCUCUACACCACACGGCGUCGCGUCGCCAAGGACAUCGAGAAGGAGCUCAACGCCAAGAAGGUCGAGUUCGACGAGCUGCUGGCCAAGAGCGACUUCCUGGUCAUCGCCGCACCACUCACAGCUGCCACUCAGGGCGUCUUCAAUGCCACCGCCUUCAACAAGAUGCAGAAAACCGCCGUCUUGAUCAACAUUGCACGCGGCAAGAUCGUCAAUCAGAAUGAUCUGUACGAUGCGCUCAAGUCGAAUCGCAUCUUUGCCGCGGGCCUCGAUGUCGUCGAUCCCGAAUCACUGCCACCCACUAGCAAGCUGCUUACCCUCGACAAUAUCAUUAUUCUGCCCCACAUUGGAUCCGCCACCAAUCGCACGCGCUCCGACAUGGCCACCAUCGCCGCUCACAAUGUGCUGCGCGGCUUGGCCGGUGAGCGCAUGCUCUCGCCGGCUUACUAGGAAAGCUAUGGGAAAACUUUGGAAAAACUAUGUGAAAAGCCUUGAUAGUCUACAAAGGGUAUUCCUAUGCUAAUUUUUAACAAACAAUUGUGUGAAUAAUUAUGAAUUAAAAAAACAAAUUUUUAUAAAAG